AUGGGUCGCCGUGGUGGCUCCGGUGGAAGAUCUGCUCGUCGUGCUGCAUCAAGUAUCCCCCCGGCUCCUCAAAAAGUGCGCGAUGUUCCUCCGCCAGCCAAUGUCCAGAACUCUGGCGGGUCCAUCUUUGGGUCCAUUGGCUCAGCCAUAACAGAAGGAAUGGCAUUUGGUACUGGAAGUGCCGUUGCACGCAGGGCCGUGGAUGCCAUAAUGGGCCCACAAACAAUUAGGCAUGAGAAUGUUGUUACUGAGGCUGCACCAUUAGCUCCGGUUGCUACGAGCAUGGGUGUAUCCGAAGCCUGCAACGUGCAAUCUAAGGCUUUCCAGGAUUGCCUGAACAGCUCUGGCGAUGACAUCAGCAAAUGCCAGUUCUAUAUGGAUAUGCUGGCCGAAUGCAAGAGAAACUCGGCUUCUGUUAUGAGUUCUUAA